UGAUUUUAGUUGUAAGUCGGGAAUAAAACUCGAUCAACGAGCGUCUUCUAGUCACAGUUUACCGGUUGCCUUCUGACCGAUCAAUCGAUCGUUUUGAAGUGGUCUGACUAUUCAAGUGGAAUACAAAUUAAAAUAAUAAAAAAAUAAACAAACAAAAGAACCCUGUGCCAAAGAAACAAAAGGAUAUUUUGUGGAUUAAAUAAAUUAAUAUAAAAAAUAUUAAAAACAAAAAUAUAACUAUAAAAAAAACAUGUUUAAGUUUGUGUGUUUAUUCGCCCUAGUGGCAACCUCUGCUGCUGCCAGCCAUCAGGCCACCGAGGCUGAUAGUCUAUUGACAAGUGCCUUAAGAAUGGUCAAAGACUGUGGUGAUCGAUCAGUGGUUUUAUGUUUAAAGGAACGUGCUCUACAUUAUUUCGAUAGUGAGAACGGUGAUGUCAAAUUGACUGAUGGCAUUUCCCUGGUGAAAACUGAUGAUAUACCCGUUGGACGUUCUCUCAAUGACAUUGUUUUGCCCGAAGAAAAUGAUGCACGUGAAAACGAGGUGGAUUCAUUGUUGGUUGAACGUAUUGCACGUUUCUUUGGCACUCACACUCUGCAAUUCAAAGUACCCAAGGAUUCCGUACAGGAUAUGCAACGUGCCUUAGAAGAAUCUCGCGGCAAGAAGAAGGAGAAGAAGAAGUACUUGAUGCCCUUGUUGUUGCUCUUCAAAUUGAAAAUGGCUGCUUUAUUACCUUUGGCCAUUGGUUUCUUGGCUUUGUUGUCCUUCAAGGCUUUAGUUAUUGGUAAGAUUGCUUUGCUGUUGGCCACCAUUAUUGGCUUGAAGAAGUUGUUGGAGAAGAAGGAAAACUAUGAAGUUGUUUCCCAUCCCCAUGCUGCCCACUAUGAUGAACACAGUUACGGACGUGCGUUACGUGAUGCUCAAAAUUUAGCCUACAGUGCCUACCAGCAAUAAAGUGGGUUUUGUUAAAGCCAAACUCCGAUUUAAAGCUAUUAAAAAUCCCUUUACACCUCAAAACAAAGAGUAUUUCCCAAAUAUUCUAUGUUUUGUUUGCUAAUCAAAGUUGAUUUAAUGCUGAAAAUAAUUUAUUUAUUUUUUGCGUUCAAAUCUAAAAGCCUCUGGGAGUGCAAUACAUCCUGAUUUAAUUUAUUUAAUAAUUUUUUUAUAAUGUAUUUAUUUAUUUAUUUAAUUUAUUUAGAAGAAUGAAAAGAAAAGUGUGAAAAACAAACAAACAAAAA